UAUGACGACACAGAACAAGGUGGCCUUGCCUUUGAUUGCUAGACGGUACAAUCAAGGUCUCAGGUUUUCCACUGCAUCCGAGUCUUCUUUGCAUGUUUGGCUCUGUGGUGGGUUCAUUGAAUACCUCGAUCUCGGACGGUGCAACACGCCUCUGCAAAUCACCAAGUAUUAGAGUUCAGACGUCACCGUCGAAACAACUUUAAAUUCUCGUAAUCGAUUCUGCAUCUCACGGAACAAUGUGGAAAUGGUGCCAAUUCUAUUGCAUUUUGCUUAUACAUAUAUCCGUAUUGGCGACGGAAAGGAAAACUGCCCUCGAUUCGCCGUUUAACAUCAUGUUGCUCCGUGCCUUCCGAAAUUGGAGUUUCGAUGCUUUCGGUAGAACAGGAAUGGAGGAAAAAUAUCUGCAAAUAGCAAGACAAAGAAACAAAAUGCAAAAAAGAAUUCCCAAUUAUGUUCCAUUUCCUUGUAAUGUGACAGAUAGUCGGUCGCCAGAAGUGCCAGAAUCGGUGCAUAAAUUAAGACCAGGUGAUAUUGAUGUCAUUGCUGCGAUGGGUGAUUCUCUUACAGCUGGAGCUGGAAUUUUUGCAGACAACGUGCUUCAAGUCGCCAUAGAAAACAGAGGAGUUACUGCGGCUGGUGGAGGCCAAGGCACGUGGAGAGAAUAUUUAACUCUUCCCAACAUAAUUAAGGAAUUCAACCCCAAUUUGAUAGGAUUUGCAUUGGGAGACUCUUUGACUACUCACAAAGAAUCACAAUUGAAUAUUGCUGAAUCCGGUGCCGAAUCCGCGGAUAUGAUGUACAUGGCGGAGAUGCUGGUCAAGAAGAUAAAAAACGAUCCGCGGAUAAAUGUGCAGAAACAUUGGAAGUUGAUUUCGCUAAUGAUUGGAGCCAAUGACUUUUGUAAUGAAAUAUGUUCGGUUUCAUCACCUUGGUCAAUUCUUGAAAAUCACAAGGUCGAUUUACUUCAGGUUUUGCGGAUAUUAAGAGAUAAUUUGCCGCGGACUUUUGUAGCGUUGAUUCCGCCGCCACAUUUAAAGAGCUUGGUCGAUAUUCGUAAAGAAAAAUCAUCAUUCAAAUGUUUUGUUACAACGGAUGUCGAGUGUUCCUGCUUGUUUGGUCUCGCAUUUCAACGUUAUAUAUCGAUAUAUUAUGAUAUUAUGCGACAAUGGCAGAUCUUAGAUAUGGAAAUUGCUGAUUAUCCAGAAUUCCAAAGAAACGACUUUGUAGUUGUAGCCCAACCUACCUUAAUGAACAUAAGUAUACCACUUGAUUCAGAUGGAUAUUCCGAUAUGACAUAUUUGAGCAGCGAUUGUUUCCACGUUAGUCAAAAAACCAAUGCUCGUUUUGCAAACGGUUUAUGGAAUAACUUGUUAGAAACAGUGGGUGCUAAAUCGAUGACAUGGAUCGAACCUUUUCAUAAAUUUCACUGUCCAACGCUGGAGAGACCCUAUUUAGCUACAGCAUUAAAUUCAAAGUAACAAUUUAUUACUACUACAACUACUUCUGUGUUUAAAAUGAGAAAUAUUGGCACUUGACGAAAGAGAAAGUGUCGAUAGCAUUAUUAGGUCAUCAAUCAUAGUUGCGAUCCUAUGAUUUUUAAAUAGAGUAGCAGUAUCAAUUAUUUAAACAAAAUG